AUGGUCUCUCUCUCACUCACCACCUCCACCUCUGCUUUUCUCGAUAUUGCCAAAGAGAUUUCUCACUCUCUCUCUCUCUCUCUAGCUAGCGGCUAGCCUUCUCCUGCCAUUGGCGGACCUUUCCUUAAAAUCCCCACACACAAGAAACGAAAAGGGACAUCCUUUUUCCAUGUUCUGCUGCUCGCUAUCCAUGUCCUGUCUAUCAGAUUGAAGACCUCCAGAGAUUGCCCAGAUGUUGUUCUUCUUGAUAUCCUGCUUCUCAUUCAUUCUGCUCACCAAAUCUCUCCCCUUCAAGCCCUUCUGUGGAGGUCUAUGUCUCUCCACUCUUACCCGGCCCUUCUUCUCCAAGAAGCUUAAGCUGGCUCCGAAGCUGGGCUGGCCUUUCAUCAAGAAAGUGGUGGGUCUGAAUCUGAGCUCAGAGACAGAGACUGCCGAUGAAGAUGAGGGAAAGGAAGCUUCUUUACUGGACUUGCCAGAACUGGCCUUGGAAUGCAUUCUUGAGAAGCUGUCCCCCGAGGGGCUCUGCCGGAUGGGACAAGUCUGUGCUUCCAUGAGGGAUAGGUGCCGGAGUGACCGCCUGUGGGAGCGGCACUUGAACCGGAAGUGGGGUCGGCUGAUCAGCGAGUUGGCUCACAGGGAAUGGCAAUGCUGGCUUGUGUCGAGAAAGACGGAGAAUAGCGACCUCUCUCGCCAGGGUGAGCGGAAGUCGUGGUGCUGGUCUUGGGCCUGCACAGUUCUCAGGAUCUGGCCCUUUUCUUGGAUCAUGGCUAUGGUUGGAUGUGAAGGGAAGCCGAGGAGGAGCUCGUUGCCGGUUAACUCCGUCAUGGCUUGGUACCUGUCCCUUGAGAGCGGCCAGCUCUGGCUUCCGGCUCAGGUCUACAACCGGGAGAACGGGCACGCGGGCUUCAUGCUUUCAUGCUACGACGCGAAGAUUGGCUAUGAUGCCAAGACAGACACAUUUCAGGCAAGGUACUCAUCACACGGUAGGCGAACGGUGGAAGAGAAUAUCCCAUGGGAAAGGCUGAGAGCACCGUCUGUCCAUACUCUGCCAACCGAGCUUCAUGUCUCGGACUGUCUUAGCAGUUUAAGACCGAACGAUCACAUCGAGAUCCAAUGGAGAAAAUCCACAGAGUUUCCAUAUGGUUGGUGGUACGGUGUCGUGGGGCAUCUCGAAACGUGCAACAGGAAUGAGAAUUACUGCGAUUGUCAACUGAGUGAUACAGUGAUAUUGGAAUUCAACCAGUACCCCCAGGAAUCGAGGUGGAGGCGAACAGUGAUAAACAGGAAAGGCCAUCGCGAAGAAGGCAAUGAAGUUAAUGGAUUUUACGGGGGAGUGAGGAAGCUCUACAGACAUACAGAGAUCUCCACCUGGAAGAGCCUCUGGCCUGCUCGAACCUCACAGUAGAGCCAGAACAAGCAUAAAGCAAUACUGAAUUAACUGACUCAUCUGUUAAUGAAUCCCUUCCUUUUCCGGACCCUCAGCCGCAUAGUGCAGCCGGUUGUUGUAAGUUUCAUCAUCACAGAAAGGAUUAAAUACGAUCUAGAUUAGGCCUUUUUUCCCCCCUCCCUCUAGUACCGCAGGAGCCUUUAUGGAAACUAGUAUGUAUAUACAUGAAAUUACCACGAGACGGAGUUAGUAAUUUGGCAUUGCUGCAGAUUGGAAUUUGGAUUCAGCUCCGAAAAUCAGUUGAGGAUGAGAGAUCUCCAGUUGGCUU